AUGGGCCCGGCUGCCGGCACGACCUCCGCCGCGCAGAGCCGCGAUACGGAAACGGACGAGGGUCAAAAAGCGCCGCCGCCCGGCCCUCGCCCCUGCCCCGGCCCUGCCCGGCCCGGCCCCCUCCGCGGCGGGGGGCGGCGGGCGUGGCCCCGGCGAGUCACGUGGGGAGGGCGGGGCCUCGUCACCGCCCGCUCCGGCUGCCCCCGGCGGGGCCCGUUAUUCGCCCCGCGCGGCGCUCACGGGCGGUUCUGCCUUCGCAGGCCCCGGGCGGGCGCUCGGCCACAAGAGCGGUGCCGGGAGGCCCCGGGCGGCCGUUUGCCGGUGGCGGGCACCGGGCCGGUAGGGGUGGAAGCCUCUGUCCGCGCCGCGGCGACCCGGUGGGCCAUUGCCUGUGAAGGGAAGCGUGCAGUAGUAGCCGUGGUGUCGGGGUGGCGGCAGGCUCUCAUGAUUCUUAGUGGGCGUCGGGGUAUUUCUUCUCCAAAUGCUUUACUCGAUUGCUCUGUCCUAUCAGUCAGCUUAAUGUUCCUAACAUACCUCUCUUUCUCCUGUUUUGCUGCUGAUCCAGCCCCUGUUGCCAGCUCGCUAUGUGUACGAUACACCCAUCGGGCAGUCGUGAUCACUGGAGGACUCCUGGCCUUUUCAGGAAUGGCACUGGGAUUUCUUGGACUGAACAUGCUCUGGAUGUAUGCAACAACUGGCUUCCUACAGGGACUUGGGAUUUCCUUUUCAUGGACACCAGCCAUUAGCAUUGUUAGCCAUUAUUUCUCCAAGAAAAGAGCUUUGGCAAAUGCUAUCGCCAGUGCCGGAGAAUGUGCCUUUGCAUUCAUGUUUGGACCAUUUUUCCAGUGGUUGAUUAGUCAAUAUGGAUGGAAAGGUGCCCUCUUGAUCAUAGGUGGCAUCCAACUCAAUAUUUGUGUCUGUGGAGUACUGAUGCGACCCUUGGCAAGCAGCUGCCUCCUCGAGGCGAGCCAUUCUGAAACUGGGACACCACCUGGCAACGGUGCAUCUAGGACAGACAAAGAAGAUAAGUCCCCCAUCACACACAAAACCUUCAACUGGAUGCUUGUGAGGCAACCGGAGUUUGUACUUUAUGCCAUUUUUGGCAUAUUUGCUGCUAUGAGCUUUUUUGUCCCUCCAUUAUUUUUAGUUCCACUGAGCUACAGCCUGGGAAUAGAUGAAUCGUGGACUGCAUCCCUCCUAUCCAUUUUGGCUAUGGUGGACUUUGCAGGCAGACUGCUGUGUGGCUGGUACGCCAACCUCCACGUCACCAAAACUGUCCAUUUGCUGACAAUGACGAUUACGCUUAUCAGCACCUCCCUGAUGCUGUUGCCCCUGGCCAACAACUACCUGUCCUUGGCAAUAUUCACUGGCUUCUACGGGUUCUUCUUUGGUACCACGGUCGCCGUUCACAUUACAGUGCUAGCAGAUGUCGUUGGCAUGCCGGAUUUUGACAGCGCUCUAGGGCUUUUCAUGCUCAUUCGAAGCACUGGAGGUUUUGUGGGGCCUCCUCUUGCUGGUUUCAUCGUGGACAUGGCUGGUGAUUACAGAGCAGGCUUCUACAUGGCAGGAGCCACUCUUGUCCUGUCAGCUGGAUUUUUAGUUACUUUAGAUCAACUCCAACAAAGAAAAGAAAGAGAAAGCCAGGCUAAUACUAAACCAGAAAAGUCAACAUUAGCCUACCCUUCUCUCCAUCUCCUGAAACUUCAAAAUAGAAGGUAUCAAGAGCAUGAUGUAGUGGUGUGA